UUCUGGCGCUCCACCACUCUUCCUACUAUUUCUUGUGCUUCAAUUCGCCUUGGCCGAGAUAUCUCAUAUUCCGAAUCCUCUCGCGAUCCCUAAUCCUCCUUCCGCUAGCGACCCCGUUUCUUCCUCGAUUCUUGUGAGUUCUCGGUGGCGGAAGAAGCGAUGAUGGCCAGAAACCCGGAGGAGCAGGACAUUGAGAGGUUGCUGGAGGAGAUUCCCCGUAUCCGUCAUCUCGACGCCUACGAUGGCGGAUACGAGGUCGAUUUUCGUAUCUGGGACGAGAUUCUGAACGGUAUCUGCUAUAGCAGCGUGCCGCCGGGGCACGAGGGGGCUUCUUGCUCGGAUUGGUCGUCCUCGUCGUCGAGGUCGGGGCCGGACAGCCCCUCCCUGACAGAAUGGGCUCGGAAGCCCGCGGGCUUUGCCGCGAUGGUGGAGAAGACCCGUUUGGUCGAGAACCUUCGCAAUGUCCGUCUCGGCGCCGAUCAGAAUGGUUCGGUUUUGCCUCCGACGUCGGCGCUUAAUAGUCGCCCGAUCGGUUCUUUCCAGUUCCAGGAUAAUAAUCGUCCUGUGGAUCGAGGAUGUGAGGCAUUCUUCCACCCUUUUGGAUGGGAUUCGCUGAUGAAUGCAGAUGGGAACCCGUCUCUCACACAAUUCCAGCGGCAUUAUCCUGGCGCGGCGAACUUGGUGGAUCCGUUGCUCAGGAAGUCCUCAUAUGGAGCUGCAGAUUUGGACACUGGUCGACAAAUGAAUCCUCACUAUUGGGGAAACCAUUCUGGAAAUUUUGCUUCCUUCCCUAAUAAACCUUAUCCGAUCUCUGAUGUGUUGCUACAAUCAGAGAUGACUAGAGUAGAUCCAAACUGGGAUAAUGCAUCAGAUGGCUUAAACUUGCCUAUUCGUGCUGGACAUCAACCAGUGAGAAUGGCAAGGAACACGUCUGAUGCUAGUUUUGCACGGGAAAUGGGGCUUCAUUGCACAAAAAACCAAAGGAAUGCUCAGGGAACCUCUGUAAAGCGUGUAGCUCCUUUUAUCAAAUAUGAAAAUUUGAUGGGUGUCAAAGGACACCUAUACUUACUUGCAAAGGACCAGCAUGGCUGCCGGUACUUGCAGCAGAUGCUUGAUGAAGGGAAGCAUCAGGUUGAUACGAUUUUUAAUGGGGUUAUCAAUAGCACGGUGGAGCUCAUGGUCGAUCCUUUCGGAAAUUAUCUCAUGCAGAAAUUGCUGGGGAAAUGCAACGAAGAACAGCUGAUGGCGAUCCUACUCAUGCUUAACAAAAAUCCUGCUAAUGUUGUUGGAAUCUCCCUAAAUAUUCAUGGGACAAGGGCAGUACAGAAGUUGAUAGAUACUGUGAAAACUAAGCACCAUAUUUCAUUGGUUACAUCAGCUCUAAGACCUGGGUUUGUAAAUCUUGUGAAGGAUUUAAAUGGAAGCCAUGUUCUUCAACGUUGCUUGGAAACUUUUACAACUGAAGACAAUAAGUUUAUUUUUGAUGCUGCUGCCAUGUAUUGUGUUGACAUUGCUACUCAUCGACAUGGUUGCUGUGUGUUACAAAAAUGCAUACGUAAUUUUACUGGAGAAUACCAAGAAAAGUUGGUUGCAGUAGUUGCUACUAAUGGCAAUAAACUUGCUCAAGAUCCCUAUGGUAACUAUGUUGUCCAAGCAGUGCUCGAAUUGGAGAAGCCUUUUGCAAUUGCAAUCUUGGCAUCUCAAUUUCAGGGGAGAUAUGUCGAACUAUCCACCCAAAAAUUCAGCAGUAAUGUGGUGGAAAGGUGCUUCUUGUACUUUGGCAAAGAUUUUCCAGCCACUAUCAUAGAUGAAUUACUUUCAGUCCCACACUUUGACCAAUUAUUGCAACACCCUUACGCAAACUAUCCCAUCCAACGAGCCCUUGAAUAUUCCAAGGGCCAAUCUCAUGCUGCACUAGAGAAAGCCAUUCGUCCUUAUGCACCGACUCUGAGAACCAACCCUUACUGCAGGCAGAUCUACUCAAAACUAGUGUCCAAAAAGUGAUGUGCGUUUGGAGUUGGAUCUGGAGUUAUGUUGUAAUGUUAGGUACCUUUUUCUAUUUAUGAAGAUCUAUAACUGUGAGAAUAAGUUUAAUGUCUAGCAAUGCGCUUGACUGGACGUCAGCGGGAGUUUUAUCUUGUUCUCGUGAUAGUUUGUUGCCUAGUUCAGUUUGCAGAUUUUGUUGUACAAGCAGGUUUAAUAUCUUGUUUUUCAGAUUUCAAGACAGUUAUCUUUGUUAUGAAUA